AAAGAGUUGAAAUUCUUUUCACCUGAUCAACCUUACACGCCUUAGUCGUUACGGCCACUUUCUGGAGCAGACCAUUACUCAGCACGAAGAUGGAUGAUAGUUCAAAAGACAGCAAGCCCCUUGAAACCAAGGAGUCUGCUAUUAAUAACGCUGAAGAUACCUCUUUCAUUUUGGGAAAUGGGAAGCUUGUAACUCCUCACAAGCCUGCAGCUGAAGUGACUCCUAAUCGUUGCAUGUCAGAUGCUUUUCAGUCACCUUUGAACUUUUCCACAGUAACUGUGGAGCAAUUGGGAAUUACACCUGAAAGUUUUGUAAAGAACUCUUCAGGAAAGUCAUCAUCCUACCUUAAAAAAUCCAGACGACGCUCUACAGUUGGUGUUCGGGGCUCUCCGGAAACAAACCAUCUAAUUCGUUUCAUUGCCCAGCAGCGGAAUUUAAAGAAUGCUUCUUUGACCAAGAAUUCCCCUUGUCAGGGCAGCCCUGUUUUGUAUCGAAAUGUUCAUUCUUUAAGAGAACAAAUAUCUGCCUUCCAGUCAGCUUUUCACUCCAUAAAGGAAAACGCGAAAAUGACUGACUGUCCUGAACUCUCAGAGACGGAAGGAGAAUUCAAGAUCACAGGCUCAACCAAAAAGGAAAGUCUUGGUGAAUGUCAACAGUGUGAGUUCCCUGCAAACUUGUCAUCCAAGCGACAGAGAAUAUCCUCUCCGAGCAGCUCUAAUGGAAACCUAACUGAUGCCUUUGGUCUCCAGAUACACAAUGUUGCUGCUUUUCCCAAUACAGAUAGACAGUGUGCUGUUGAAACUUCUGCAAAUCUCUCUGAGAAAUCUUCUGAAUCUGGUUUAAAUCUACAGUCUGGAUGUUUAGUUGGAGAGUAUCCUCUACUUUCAGAACUCACAGAGGCUUCAAGUGAACAGACUGACUCAGAUGUCUGCCACCUCUCAUGUUUACACCUCUGUGUUGAAGGAAUCCAGGUCGCUGACUCUGUAGAGGGCAAAAGAUCCAGCGAUGCGGUUUCAGUUGACAAAUUUACAGAAGUGAGUACAGACAUGGCUCCUGAAGCCAGGUCGCUGGUUACUCCACUGCGCCAGAGGGGCAUUCCAUCCUCUGAGACCUUCGUACUUCGUUCUGUGCUGAAGAAACCUUCUGCAAAGCUGUGUCUAGACAGCCUGCAGGAACACCAUGACAACCUCUGUGAUGGUGGGACUCAUCCAAGCUUAAUCUUAAAUCUUGCAAACUGUUGCAAAGAACGAAAAGCAGAAGGUCAAGAAAAUUGUACAGUACCAGACUCUCUAAAUGUGAGGAAGAGGAAGAGAGUUACUUUCGGAGAGGACCUAAGCCCUGAAGUGUUUGAUGAAUCUUUGCCAGCAAACACUCCGUUGCGUAAAGGAGAAACACCGGUUCGUAAAAAGGAUUUAAGUACCCUCAGUCCCCUGCUACUUGAACAGUCCCCAGCUCCUGAGGGGUUACUUCAACCAAAUUUUGAUGACAAGGGAGAGAAUCUUGAAAACAUAGAACCUCUUCAGGUAUCAUUUGCAGGUCUCAGUCCUCUUAGUAAGUCUUCAAUCUCUGAGACUCUUUCAGGCACUGAUACCUUUGCCUCUUCAAAUAACCACGAGAAAAUAGCCUCCUGUAAAGUUGGUAGAGCAACGCGGACCUCUAACAGAAGAAGUCAGUUGAUCAGUUUUUCAGAAGAGAGUGUUUGCAACUUAUUUAAUACAGAAGCUCAGCCUUAUAAAGAAAAGAAAAUUAAUAGGAGGAAGUCUCAAGAAAGCAAUCGUGCAGACAGAGCACUUCCUAGGAAGAAUCAGGUGAGUGUUUGCAGAAGGAAGAAAGCAAAGGGAAAGAAAAAAACUGUUCAGAAGUCUUUAUAUGGGGAAAGAGACAUUGCAUCUAAGAAGCCACUCCUGAGCCCUAUUCCUGAGCUGCCUGAGGUAUCUGAGACGCCGCUGGUUCCAAGCAUCUGGAGGAUGUGUUCAGAUGAUUUCAACUCAAAUGAGGAACUUGAAGAAGUGAAGCUUCCGAAGAGAAAUAAUAUUUUGCCCCAGAGCCCAGAGGAUUGGCAGAUGGUUCGAGGCUUUAAUAAAUACGAUGUGUCUGAAUUCUGCAGCUCUGACAUGAGAAGUUCUUCAUCACUUAUUAAUGCUACUUUUGAGCAAGGUUCAAAUACAAGUACUAUAGAAAUUAAUGAAAACAAAAAUAUUCCAAAAGCAGCAAUUAAGUUGGAAAGUGAAAACGAACUAAAAACUGAGACUGAGAAUGAAAACAGCCAUAUUUCUUGUCCGUCUGUGACUGAAACACCCAUUGUAUCAGACAGUCCAAAACCUGAUUUUACCAUGCAGCCCCAAGAACUUACUGCUGCUGGUCAAAAUAUGGAAAACCUUUUUCAAAUCUUUAAAAUCUCAGAAGAUAUAAACAUCAAAUGUGAAAACCAGGAUGACUUCUUAGUCGUUCCAGAAGGAAAACUGCAGGCCAAGCAUUUAAUGCCCGACUCACAAAAAGAAUGUGAUUGUUCAGAAGAUGUCUUAAUUGACCACUUGAAAGAAAGUCAAAGUCAAGGUGAGGAUUUGGGAAGAAACUCCAUAGCAAGUAGUCGUGGUGUGAGUUACAGAGAAAGGAAAUACAGAAGACAGUCCAUGGCUUGUUCUGAUGGGCAAAGUUUACAUUUGGAAAAAAUCGAGAAUCCCAAACCUUCCUACAGUGUGAGCAGCUCUGUAGAAAUUAGUUUAGAAAAUUCCCAACUGUAUAAAGAUUUAUCUGACUCCAUUGAGCAAACCUUUCAGAGAACAAAGAGUGAAACCAGAGUAAGACGCAGCACAAGGCUACAAAAAGGUUUGGAAAGUGAAGGGCUUGUGUGGAUUUCCCUUCCAUUGCCUCCCACUUCCGGCAUUUCCCAAAGAACCAAGAGGAGAACAAUAGGUACAUUUGACAGCAGAAGAUUUGAGAACGGGUCCUCCAGGCAAAAACCUUGUGUGCUGCCCUCCACAACAGGUAAAGAAAACAGUGAGGGCUUUGCUGCUGCUGCUGCCAGUUUACCUGGGAGGAGACGGAAGAGCUUUUGUACAUCUACACUUGCAGAUCCUAAAAACACCACCCAGUCGAGAGGCUACAAAAGAACCACCUUUCUCAACCAGAAGGAAGCUCUCCAAGUGACUUCGAGAGAAUCGGACAUAUCAGAGAACUAAAGCAGUAACUGACAUUCCCUGCAGAACGUUUUGGCAAGAGAGAAGGUAACCAACCAUUCAUGCCUGAAAGAUUCUUUCAUCCAAGUUCCCAUCCUUUGUUCAACCUCAGUGUUUUAAAAGUUUCAAAUAAAAUUAUUUGAGUAGAACCUA